AUGCCAUCAGGUCGCAAAGUUAUUGGCUGCAAAUGGUUGUUUAAAGUCAAGAAAAAUCCGGAUGAUACGGUUGAACGGUACAAAGCUCGUCUAACCGUCUUAUUAUUUUUAACAAGGAGAGGUUCACCAUCUCAUAAUGUGAAUGGGAAAGUUUGGAAUUGGAUUUGGAGCAUUUCACUUCCCCAGAAAAUCAAACAUUUCCUUUGGAGGGCUGUUGGGAACCUGGUGGCCACAAAUGGUAAUCUGGUGAAAAGGAGAAUUAAAAUGUCCGAGUUGUGCCCUGUUUGUUUGAAAGAAGCUGAGAUAGUUGAACAUACUCUUCUGUUAUGUGAUUGGGCUCAGUGUGUAUGGUAUGGUGGAGCUUUGGGCUUUAAAGUUGAUUGUCAUAGAAUUACUACAUUGGAUCAAUGGUUAUUGCAGGUGUUUGAUGUGGUUUUAAAAGAUGUUCAAAAGUUUUUAAGGGGAGAGAGUGUGAUCCUCGGAAAUGUAUUGAAAAAAACUCAACAAAGAUGGGAGAGGCCCCUGAAUGGUUGGAUUAAAGUUAAUUGUGAUAGGGCUUUUAUUGACAAGGGAGAUGUUGUUAUUGGGGUGAUUGUGAGAAAUGAGAAUGCGAACUUGGUUGCAGGAAUAGUUAAAAAGGAUAAUGUUGAUGUUGUGGAGGAAGCUGAAGCUUUUGGCAGUUAUGGCAGGGAUAUCGUAUAUAGGGAGUUUAAAGGGGAUAGUGCUUGUAAAUACUGGAAAAUUCAACCAUACAUACCAUAUUUGCUAAAACAGAAAGGAAAUUUUGUUGAUUUUGAUUUCGAGAAAGUUGGUAAAGAAGCAAAUAGGGCGGCAGACUGGUGUGCUCACCUUGCCAUGAAGGGGAUGUGCUUUGAUGAUAGGGUUAGUGAACCCCCAUCCUCACUGGUGAAAGUUUUAAGAAGUGAUGGCCUUCCUGCUACGCAUUGUUGA